ACUUCUAGCAUAGCCAAUGCCAGUUCGAAAUCAAUUUACAACCGGAACUGUUAAACCAAGCGUGAAAACCAACCCGCCAUACUAUUGAGUAGCCGUCGGAUUUACGAUGUACGACUUUUAAGUAUGGUCUAAAGUAAGAUGAGCAAAGAUUUCAGGUCGUUCAUUAGAAUGAAUGAUUGUUGUGGAAUAGCUUUGGCCAGUCUUGUCUUUUUAGCGGGCUUGCAUCCAUUUACGAAAGCGCAAGAUCCUAGAGGAAUCACGCAGACCGCACUUCAACAGUUUUACGAAGGCCAAACAAAGACAAGUGAUGGGAAAAACAGAAACACUAUACCAAACAACAGCCCCCAAGUUAGAACAUACCUUGCCAUGAGCCCAUCUCCCACCGCCGUACCCCUCGCUAUUCCACUUCCGUUCAGGGUGGGCGAGAGCGAACGCAAGGACACUUUACAUAAAUCAAAAACGAAAAUUAGAAAAUUGACUGAAUAUGAAAAAGCUCAGUUAUGGAGAUUUAAGCCUGUUAAAGGCACAGACAAACAUUUGAAGGAAAUAUUUAUUGGUAAAUGUUGGGUGUAUCAGAAAAAGUUUCAGUUUAGUGAAACUAUAGACUGCCCUAGGCUAUGGGAAGCCUUUCUAACUGGAUUUGCAUAUAAGGAGCCCUGCGAUGUGACUCUGGAAGAUUAUAAAGAUUUCUUUGGAAUGAUCCAUGAAGAUCCUUUGGUUAACAAGUCAUUGCUUUGGUCAGGAACACGAGAAAUCACGCACGAGCUGUCAGAAUUUAACACAAGAUUUACUGCUUUGGAAGACACGUUUGCAGGGUAUCUUCUGGAUGGCAUGCAGUGGUGUGGAAUGAUCGCAGAGCCAGGCAUCAAUUACAAACAAUGUCCGUACGAGUGUGCCAAACAGAAAGCAUUCUGGGGAGCUGCAGCAAAGAAGAUGGCAGAAAGAUCAGAAGGAAUUGUCCACAUAAUCAUUAAUGGAACAAGACAACAUUGGAAAGAUAAACAGAUAUUUUCUGCCUAUAUGAUGGACAGUUAUUUGGCCAGAAAUCAGGUACCAAAUCUCAACCCUAACAAAGUAACAGAAGUGAGAAUAAUGGUUGGACAUUCCUUACAUUGGAAAGUACUAGAGCGAUGUGGAACAUAUUCGGUAAAAGCCUUACAGAAGCAAAUUAAAUCUCGUGGUAUUAAAUCAUCCUGUAUCGACAAUCCACUAUCUAUACGUGCGCUGUUGUGUCUUGACUAUCCAAAAGAUGCUCUCUGUCAGUUUCAUCUGACGGCUUUGUUAAAGCGAUAAAAAUAAAUUGGGACCAAAGUGAUGAUCGAAAUAUCAAUCUAUAGAUCUUAGAUAAAUUAAGUUGAGGGAUGAACUGAACAUUUAGAUAAUGUAGAUUCCAGGUUCUUACCCGGGUACGAGGUUCCUGACGCACAAAUGAAAUGACGUGUUAAUAAACGACCGUGUGUUCUUUGUUUCUCGCUAAGUUUAAAAUUAAACGCCGAUAGGGACGAAGUUGUUCAGUGUCGUCUCUUUCAAGAUGAAUAGCUUAUUUAAGAACUGGUAAAGCAUGCGCCAUUGUUUUUUAACCAAUCAGCGAUCUAGGCAAAGCGUCAGAGCGGCCAAGCGCUUUUGAAAACGAUGUUGCGGCUCAAUUAAAUGCUGAUCCAAAAAAAUUUCAAGUACAGUAUUAUUUAAAGGAACUGAUUUAACUAAGAGUUGCACAAAAAUGAUUUCACUACUCAGAAUGCAUGUGUUCUAGUCAGUGAAUUUUCUUUAAAUCAUUACAAAUGCUCUGGAAGCAAUCAAAAGACAAAGAAACAAAUGAAGCUAGAUGUAUAAUCGCAUAAAUUUUGUUGCUGAACAUAUAUCAUUUAUAGAUAAUAUUUCUCAAAGUAUUAAUGUAUUUUACACACACGCCUCACUAUAUACUAUAGAUUCGUAGGAAGU